AUGCCUCCAUCAAAUAGGCUCCUCCUCAUAUCUUCAAUCGUAAUCAACAUCGUCCUCUUCCUUUCGCUCUAUCCAAUCGGCCAUGGGCAGUCCUUGCUCUUCGCACCACAUAGCGAGACCUCGGGAGGUGGAGGCGGUAGCGCUAAUGGGGAGCUAUCAGCGCGAGGGAGGGGAGGACAGGGAUGUACGAUGUGCGGUGUAGCUCCAGAGCUGUGCGAUGAGGUUGGAGAGGACAGGCUGAACCGGGCUAUAUCGCAUGCGGGGUCGAAUGAUCGCUUGAGACGGUUACUGGCGAAGAUCAAAGCUGGAGACCCCUUCACAGUAGGCGUUAUCGGUGGAUCAGUCUCCCAAGGCAACGGUAUCCUCUGGGGCGAAGACGAACCCCGCGAGCCCUGGUACCGACCCGCCAUCAUGCACCGCAUCAUCUUUGAACACCUCCACGCCCUAUCUCCCUUAUCCGCCCACGAUAAAAUCCCUUUCGACCCCGCAUCCGAAUCGCCUGUCGGAUCAGCUACCGGUCGAAAAGUAGUCUUUGGCGUAUCGGGCAAGAAGGACGGCAAGAACGCGCUCGUGAAUGGUGCACAAGGGGGAACAGGGAGCAAUUACUUUGCGUAUUGUUGGGGAGAACAUAUGGACCAGGACGUGGAUUUGUUUAUCGUGGAGCUGGCUAUCAAUGACGAGCCUCUUCUUCACAAUAUCGAGUCGUAUGAGCUUAUGGUCCGAUCCCUCCUCGACUUGCCACACAAACCCGCCGUUAUCAAUGUCGAGAUCUUCGCACUGCUGUUCGAAACCAUCGCGUUCGGCGGGGAAAUGCACAAAGGCCUCAACGAGUUCUACGACAUCCCGUCCAUCUCCCUCCGCAACCCUUUCCUCCCGGACCUCAUGGCCAACUUUGCCAGUGUCGAAAAGUUCUUCAACAGGAAUGAGGGCAAGAAGGGCGAGCUGGAAGGUAUGGAUGUUCGGCAUCUGAGCCAGUACGGCCACCGCAUGACUGCCGAUCUCGUCAACGCCUACAUCGACAUGCAGCUUUGCGAGAUGGAACGACGUGCUCUCCACGCCGGACCAGAGUGGAGCGGCAAGCGACUUGAGGAUAAGUAUCCCGUGGCUGAGGUCCCAAAGAUGCGCCUCAACCAGAAAUACGACCCAGCCACCGUCGUCCCGCCUCUCCGACCAAGCUGCUUCUCGAUGAAGUCCUCAAAACACAAGCUCGAGCCGCUCAAGCAACAAGGAUGGAGCAAAUGGUCUCAUGGCGAAAAGCACUACUGGAUCAGUACCGAACCCGGCGCCACCAUCUCCUUUGCCUUCUCCUCCGCCCUUGGCGAGGUCCAGCUACACUACCUCCGCAGCGCCAUCUUUGGGCUCGGGAAUCUCUGGUGCUGGGUGGACGAUGCGAAAGAUGAUGGAGUGAGGAUGGAGGGCUACUGGCCACAGAACUUCAACAUCGCUCAAUCGUUGCCCCUAUCCGGUUUCAGGCCCGGCGAUCAUGUGUUGAAUUGCGAGAAUGAGGUGCAUACGGCAGAUCCGGGAGGGAAGCACGAGUUCAGGAUUAUAUCAUUGACGAGGUGA